UUUCUCGCUCGCUGGCAGAGAGGCCGCCGCCAAGAUGAAUGACACAGUGACCAUCAGAACUAGGAAGUUCAUGACAAACAGACUGCUUCAGCGCAAGCAGAUGGUGAUUGAUGUUCUUCAUCCUGGGAAGGCCACAGUCCCCAAAACAGAAAUCAGGGAAAAGCUGGCAAAAAUGUACAAGACGACCCCUGAUGUAAUUUUCGUCUUUGGCUUCAGAACUCACUUCGGUGGUGGCAAGACAACAGGUUUUGGCAUGAUCUAUGAUUCUCUGGACUAUGCAAAGAAAAACGAACCAAAGCACAGGCUUGCCAGGCAUGGCUUGUAUGAGAAGAAGAAGACUUCUAGGAAGCAGCGAAAGGAGCGUAAGAACAGAAUGAAGAAAGUCAGGGGCACAGCCAAGGCAAAUGUUGGUGCCGGCAAGAAGGUAAGAUGAGAAUA